UGUACAGCUGCUGCAGAUCGGGUGAGAAGCAGCAGACGUGAGGCGAAUGAAGCCUGCAGCUGUCCUCAGGAGAAUCAUGGAAAACACCGAAAACCCGCAGCUGUAGAGCCGAGCAGGACGCUCCACAGCCGGGGGAAGAGGAGUUUACUCACCGCAGCUGUAAACACAGGGACGGUGGAGGGACUCCCUCCGGUCCCUCCCUGCGGGAAGAAAUGUGGCUUAACCCGGAGGAAGUUCUGCUGAAAAACGCUCUGAAGCUCUGGGUGACCGUGAGGAGCAACGACUUCUUUCUCCUGCAGAGGAGGAGAGGACAUGGAGAGCCCACAGGCAGGAUCACAGGUCUCCUGGUAGGGGCGCUGGACACGGUGCUGGACUCCAACGCCAGGGUCACUCCUUUCCGCAUCCUGCUCCAGGUCCCCGGAUCCCAGGUCAGCUGGGUCAUGGCCAGCGGAGCCGCCAUAGAGGAGGUGAAUAAGCACUGGGACUGGCUGGUCCACAACCUGCUGCACUCGCUGUCUGUGUUUGAGAACAAGGAGGAUGUCGCCAGCUUUGUCAGAGGAAAAGUCAAGGGUCUUAUCGCUGAGGAGGUCCGGGGGCGCCAGGCGGCUCAGGAGGAAGACCCGGAAAAGUUCAGGGAGCUGCUGAGGAAGUUCGAGCUGCACUUUGGCCUCCCGUCGUCGGAGAAGCUGGUGACGUAUUACUCCUGCUGCUGCUGGAAGGGCAGGGUGCCACGGCAGGGCUUCCUCUACCUCAGCAUCAACCACCUGGCCUUCUACGCCUUCCUGCUUGGGAAGGAAGUGAAGUUUGUGAUUCCCUGGGCGGAGGUGACGCGGUUGGAGCGGGUCUCCACCGGUCUGAUGACGGAGGCCAUCAGGAUCAACACCCGGCAGAGACAGAGGGAGUUCUCCAUGUUCCUGAACCUGGACGAGGCGUUCGGGGUCAUAGGUCAGCUGGCUGACAUCGCACUCAGGCGGCUGCUGGACAGCGAAGGCCUGGAGCUGGACCGAGUCCUGCAGCAGCCGACGCGCAUCACCAAGAGGAUCCUGGAGGAGCAGGCGAUAAGGGAGUACGUGCUGGCUUUGUUUCGACUCCCUCGGGGUGAGGGACUCCACGAGGUGGCCUCCUGUUCGGUGUGGACCCCCCACGCUCGCUGCCACACCGCCGGGACCCUGUACACCACCGACAGCUACCUGUGCUUCUCCAGCAGGGAGGAGGGCACCUGCACCCUGCUCAUCCCCCUCUCAGAGGUGUUGUCCAUAGAGAAAGCGGAGAGCACCAGCCUGCUGCCUCACCCCGUCAUCGUGAGCGUCCGCAGUAAGAAGGCCUUCCAGCUGAUCGAGCUGCAGGACCGGGACGAGCUGGUGGAGAACCUUAACACCAGACUCCGAUCGCUGCAGUGGAAACAGGCCAUGUUCCGCGGCAAGAAGCACGGCAAGAGGAGCCUGAAGUCCCCGACACCUUAUUACACCUUCUACUACGACACCGGGCAAUCUGAUGAAGAGGAGAAAGAGGAGCAGGUUCUUCGAAACACCGUCAACAGCGAGGCUCUGAUGACGGCCUUCCACCUAAACCAACCGGGAGCCAACGGCAACAAGAGCAUGGAGGAGGGUAAGGAGCGUCUGUGGGACGAUCACUUCUCGGAGUUCGGUCGCGGCGUCACCAUGUUCCGCACCGACAAGAUCCAAAGACUCGUUGCCAUGGGGAUCCCAGAGUCUCUGCGGGGGGAGCUGUGGAUGACGCUGUCAGACGCGUCCUCAGAGCUGGAGGCCCACCCCGGGUACUACAGCGGCCUGGUGCAGAAGUCCAUGGGUCAGAGCAGCCUGGCCACAGAGGAGAUCGAGCGGGACCUCCACCGCUCUCUGCCCGACCAUCCCGCCUUCCAGAACCCCACCGGCAUCGCCGCGCUCAGAAGAGUCCUCACCGCCUACGCCCACCGCAACCCCAAGAUCGGAUACUGUCAGUCGAUGAACAUCCUGGCCUCGGUGCUGCUGCUCUACGCUAAAGAAGAAGAAGCUUUCUGGCUGCUGGUGGCCGUCUGUGAGCGGAUGCUGCCUGACUACUUCAACCGCAGAGUCAUAGGAGCUCAGGUGGACCAGUCCGUGUUCGAGGAGCUUAUCCGGGAGCGCUUGCCGGAGCUGGCCGAGCAUGUUCCUGACCUCUCCACCCUCUCCUCUGUCUCCCUCUCCUGGUUCCUCACCCUCUUCCUCAGCGUGCUGCCCUUCCACAGCGCCGUCCGCGUGGUCGACUGCUUCUUCUUCCACGGGAUCAAAGCCAUCUUCCAACUGGGUCUGGCCGCUCUGGACGCCAACGCUGCGGCGCUGUCCGCCUGCACCGACGACGGGCAGGCGCUCAUGAUCCUCUCCAGUUUUCUGGACCAGGUUGGAAGUGAGGAGUCGUGUUGUCUCCCGUCCUCCCCCAUGUCCUCCCCACCGUCAUCACCCCCGCCCACUGCAGAGGAAACCUGCAGCAGCGAGGCAGAUGUGGGAAACACCAACAUCACCGACCUCAUCAACGAGUCCUACCAGAAAUUCGGAGACCUGACGGUGAGGCAGACCGAGAGGCUUCGCUGUCGCCACAGGAUCCUAGUGCUGCAGGCUCACGAAGACACCACGAAGGAAAACGCUCUGAGGUUGGUGAUUCCAGAUGUUUCCAUCUCUCAAGAGAACUUGGCGGAUAUCUACGACCUAUUCAAGACGGAGCACUUCAUCAGUCUGUACUGGGGCGACAGCAGCUCGGCGGCGGCGGCGGAGGCGGCCGCUUGGCAGUACGGAGACUCGGGUCACUCCUACAUGGAGCGGCAGUACCGGCUGGACCGGCCCCAGUUCAAGAGCCUCUACGGGCUGCUGGCCCCGUGGCCCGGCGGCUCCACGCAGCACGCCGACACCAUCGCCAACCGGACCUAACUGCUGGACCAGGACUGCGACAACCUGGUGACCUUCAGGGAGUUUGCCGGCUGGCUAGACACGUUGUACUGCGAGGAUCUGAAUGAGAAGAUCCGGCUGCUGUACCGUCUGCACAUCCCACCAGCUCUGACAGAAAGUGAGGAUGACCCCUCUCUGAUGAAGAGCCCCCUGAUGUCCACCAACAGACCGCUCUUUGUUAAUCCGUCGUCAGAUGUUGAAGGAGAGGUGAAGGACUACCAGGAGCAGCUGAAGCAGAUGCUGAAGGAUCUGGUCAAACAGAGAGAGAAAGAUGUGGAGAAACCUCUGCCGCUCAUGAACCAGCGCGAGUUCAUCCAGUUCUGUAAGACGCUCUACAGCAUGUUCCACGGCGACCUGGUGGAGAACGACCUCUUCCAGGCCAUCGCCACCGUGACCAGCCUCGUGCUGCAGAUCGGAGAGGCCGGACACCGCCGACACAGCCAGAGGUCGGAGGUCGGCGGCCCGGAGGAGGUGAAAGCAGAGAAAACCCCAGAGGACGCUGGGAGCUCUUCAUCGGAGAGCGAUUGGACGAUCAGCUACGCUCAGAUCCUGGCGUCGCUGCUCACAGAACAGGCGCUGGUGAACUUCUUCGAGAAGCCCGUGGAUCUGUGUGCAAAAAUCUCAGAGGCCAAGCAGAAGCAGUACCACCAGCGGGCCGGAUUACUGACUCUGCAGCAGGGGGGCAGAUGACCCAGAUAUCAGUAUCACUGGACACGAUGCAGCCCGGAACAUAAAGAGCCCUAGAGUUACCUGGGAUAUUAAAACCAAUAGACUGAACUGUAACUGACAACAGAAGGGAGCUUUUGCCCUAUUUUCCCAAAGUAUUUUGAGCCAAAAAAAGACGCGGCAGGCCAUUAAAUGGUCGACUCGCUGCAGCGCCAUCAGUAAAAAGAUCAUUUCGUGCCUGGAUCCACUCUUGUUAAUGAGCACCCUUUAUAAAGUGUUGUGUUAUAUGAAGAGUCGAUGGUGCUGACUUCUUUAAAAUCACUUUGUUUGCCUGGAUAAAUUCACCUGUUUGCCUUUCCACGUCACCAUAAGGAUGCCUGCAGUUAAACUGUGAUGUGGGCUUAUAAUCUCACUAAUAAAGAAGCUUUAUAAAGUGUUUAUAAUCUGACUAAUGACUCCAUAAAGUUUAUAAAUACUAAUUGUGUUGUCAAUGCCAGGCUGUGAAAUGUCUUUCUUGAUUAAUUCAAUGUGAAGUUAAAUAAUAUAUCAUUAAUAAAGCACUUUGUAAUGAACAAUCA